AUGAGCCAGGAAAUAUCAAGCAUAGGAGUCAGAUUUGGAGAGGAAUUCCAAGGAGACGGACACCUCAACGUAAAGGUAAAUCUCGCGAUUGACUCGAAGGUAGCCAGCUAAGAAUUGGAAGCUGCUGCUUAAGAAACUGAAAAGAAGUUUGAAAACUUGAAUUAUAGCUUGCUCUUGAAGUUCGAAAAUUGCGAAAAUGUAGAGAAACUCAGCCAAGUAAUCAAUUUACUCAAUAAAGACAUUGCAUCUGGUGAUGACGAAGCUAAAUUGGGUGAACAAAGAUUCUACAAAGACUUAAAGAGGGCUUUCAAAGAUUUAAAUCUUCAAACUCACAUUGUUGGAUAAAAUUUAUACGUUUAAAUUUCUUUAAAGGAAUAAAUUGCAGAGAAAAUUUUAGAGCCUCUUCAAAUCUUGCUUGAGUCAGGUUUGAAGGACAUAGCUUAGAAUCCUAACACUUUACAAGCUGAAGCUUGCGUUGAUGUUACAGUUGAUUAAAUCUUUGAUAUGCUCAAGAACUAUCGUUUUAUUGUUCCCUUCUUAACUAAAUCCAGAGCUAAAUUGACUUUAGCUUUAGAUAAGAACAUUAGCACUUAAAUUGAAGAUGUCGUCAAAAAUAUUGAUGAAAAUUUACUCAGCUCACCUCAAUUGCAAUUCUUAAAGUAUUUCAAAAAUCUUGAUGUCGAUCUCACUUUCAACUCUGCCGAAAAUCUCCCUCAACCCAUCAAGCAAUACGUCUUGCCCGGUAAAAUUGAAAUACCUGAUGAAAAUACUAAACAUGAAUUAAUCAACCAUUUAAAGUCAUAAACAUUCUUAUACGAUUUAAUCAACAAUAUCUCUUCAAACGUUACCUGCAAACUCUUCAUUGAUGAGUUCGCUUUCUUAUAAGCAAAUGUUUCUCUCAAGAAUUUUAAAAAGAUUAUUAUGGAGUACUUGCUAUUUGCCUUGAGAAAAUUAUGA